AAUUCUUUUUGUUGUGUAGUUUGCUUUCCUCUUCUCCAUGUGUUUGUUGCUGCAGCCGCUUCGAGUGCUUCGGAGUGAAGUGGAGGUUGCAAAAAGUCGCUAAAGGAAGCUGCUCCGCAAAGCUACUAUGCCGGAGUAUUGUGUCACCGGAGGAACCGGAUUCAUAGCGUCCUACUUGGUGAAAGAGCUUCUAUCCAGAGGCUACAAAGUUCGAGCCACAGUUAGAGACCCAGGAGAUGAGGAAAAGGUUGGAUUUUUAUGGAGUAUGGAUGGAGCGAAGGAGAGGUUAAGAUUGAUGAAAGCUGAUCUAUUGGUGGAGGGGAGCUUUGAUGAGGCUUUGGACGGUGUUGAUGGAGUCUUCCACACUGCUUCUCCUGUUUUCACCAGCGGAAAUAUUCAGGAAUCUCUCAUUACCCCAGCCAUCAAAGGCACCGUGAAUGUGCUCAAAUCCUGUGCUAAAUUAAGCUCAGUCAAGCGUGUUGUGCUCACCUCUUCCUGCUCUGCUAUAAGAUAUCGUGAUGAUUCUACUCUUGUCUCUCCACUGAAUGAAGCACAUUGGAGCGAUAUUGAAUACUGCAAGAGAUAUAAUCUAUGGUAUGCAUAUGCGAAGACACUAGCUGAAAAGGAAGCUUGGAGACUUGCAGAGGAAUAUGGCACAGAUCUUGUAGUUGUGAACCCAUCAUAUGUCGUUGGUCCUUUGCUAGCGGCCCAUCCCACAAGCACUCUCCAAAUGAUACUGUCUAUUAUGAAAGGAGAUUAUGCUUUAUAUCCAAACACGAUAAUAGGAUUUGUUCAUAUUGAUGAUGUUGUUUCUGCUCACAUGCUUGCAAUGGAGAAUAGUAGAGCUUCGGGAAGGCUGAUUUGUUCAAGCAGUGUUGCACAUUGGUCAGAGAUUAUACAAAUGCUGAGGGCCAAAUAUCCAUCUUACCCAAUUCCCAACAAGUGUGAUGAGAAGCAAGGAGAUAGUAAUCCACACAGCAUGAAUACCAACAAGGUGGAGGACUUGGGGCUCAAAUCUUUUAAGACCAUCACCGAAAUGUUUGAUGAUUGCAUUCAGAGUUUCCAAAAGAAAGGCCUUCUAUGAGAAAUAAAACCAUCAUGCUUCUUUUCACUUUCCCAAGUAUUGAGGAUCUUUAUUGGUCGCAUUCUAUCUAACAAAAUUAUGAGACUGGAAAAAUAAAGUUUUCUUAAUUACUCUCAGCAUUUUGCACUAUCAUUUUAA